GCUGGCGGAAGACGCCGCCGAGAACCGGGCGGAAGUGGGGCAGCGGGACGGGACGGGACCGAGCGGGGGCCAUGGAGGGGAGCCUCGCCGCGGCGCCUACACCGCCUUCAUGAAGUCCCACCGCUGCUACGACCUCAUCCCCACCAGCUCCAAGCUCGUCGUCUUCGACACUUCCCUGCAGGUGAAGAAGGCUUUCUUCGCGCUGGUCACCAACGGCGUGCGGGCUGCCCCGCUGUGGGACAGCAAGAAGCAGAGUUUUGUGGGCAUGCUGACCAUCACCGACUUCAUCAACAUCCUGCACCGCUACUACAAGUCGCCCAUGGUGCAGAUUUACGAGCUGGAGGAGCACAAGAUAGAGACGUGGAGAGGUGAGGGGGGCUGCCCCCGGCUGCCUUCCCCACCCCCGGACCUGCCUGGGGCACCCCAAACCCCGUGGCUCUGCGUCCCAGGGCGCCGCUGGCCCCCUCAGCACCUCCUCUCCCCCCAGAAGUCUACCUGCAGGACUCCUUCAAGCCGCUGGUCUGCAUCUCCCCCAACGCCAGGUACCCCCCUGCGGCGGGGAGGGGGCUCAGCUCGCGGCGGCCCCGGGCGCGAAGCCACUUCCCCGUCCUCCUCCUGCCCCCGCAGCCUCUUCGACGCCGUCUCCUCCCUGAUCCGCAACAAGAUCCACCGCCUGCCCGUCAUCGACCCCGACUCGGGGAACACGCUCUACAUCCUCACCCACAAGCGCAUCCUCAAGUUCCUCAAACUCUUCAUAGCGGAGGUCCCCAAGCCCGAGUUCAUGGCCAAGACGCUGGAGGAGCUGCGGAUCGGCACCUACGACAACAUCGCCGUGGUGCGGACCAGCACCCCCAUCUACGUGGCGCUGGGCAUCUUCGUUCAGCACCGCGUGUCCGCCCUGCCGGUCGUCGAUGAUUCGGGGCGGGUGGUGGACAUCUACUCCAAGUUCGACGUUAUCAACCUGGCGGCCGAGAAGACGUACAACAACCUGGACGUGACGGUGACGCGGGCGCUGCAGCACCGCUCCCACUACUUCGAGGGCGUCCUCAAGUGUUACAAGCACGAGACGCUGGAAACCAUCAUCAACCGCUUGGUGGAGGCCGAGGUGCACCGGCUGGUGGUGGUGGACGAGAGCGACGUGGUCAAGGGCAUCAUCUCUCUCUCAGACAUCCUGCAAGCCCUGGUUCUCCCAGAGGGCUCCAAGCCCUGACGUGGUGGCGGGGGGGGGGACUCAGCCUGUCUCGGUGCCCCUGCCCUCCUCUCCUGCCCCCCCCCAGGCUUUUGGGGAAGGCUGGGGGGGUCCCCACUCACCAGCAGCAUCCGGCAAUAACAACCAACAUGGGGCUCCCCGGGCAGGGAGAGCCCCUGGCUCCCCCCCGGAGCCUCGCCGUGCGCCCUGAGCCCACGUUGGCCGUGCCGGGGGGGCGGUGCUCGGUCAGCCCCCAGCCCCCCCGGGGGUGCUCCCCACGGGGCACCGAGCCCGGCUGGGAAAGGGCUGCGUGGAGCCAGGCCGGGAUCAGCUGCCUGCGGGCUGGGGCUGUUCCGCGAGCGGCUCCCGGACCCUCGUCACCCCCCCGCGGGGAUUUGUCCCGUUCUGUUUUAAUUGUUCUGUUUUAAUUGUCCCCACUCGGCUCCGUCCGGCCCAGGGCUGUCCCCGGGCCCCUCACUGCUGCGUCUUCACCUGCCACAGCCUCGUGUGCGGGGGGAACCCGCAAAUAAACACCGACCUGGCACCAA